AUGAAAACCUGUAACCGGUACCUGUUCUGUUUCUACUCCCCCUCCUGUUUGUUUAACUUUCUCUCUCUUUCUUUCGCUUUCUAUAUAUGUUUUCUUUUCUCUUCUUUUCAACUGUGUUGCGUUUUCUUCGUUUUUUCUCUUUCAGUUCAUAAAUUUACCUCUUCUUCUGUUAUUCAUUUAGCCUUUCUUUCUUUCAGACUUUCUUUCGUCCUUUCGUUACUUCCUUCUUUCCUUCUUUAUUUAUUUAGUUUCAUCUUUUUCUUUCUUUUUAUUUCUUUCAUGACUUGUUACUUUUAUUAUUUUUUUUCUUCAUGUAAAUUCUUUUAUUUUUUCGCACAUUUCCGAAUUGUUCUCUUCUUUCUUUCUUUCUUUCUUUCUUUCUUUCUUUCUUUCUUUCUUUCUUUCAGUUUCAAAUAUGCCUGUCCAGACUUUCUUUAUUCAUUUUUUCAGAUAUAUUUCUUUCGAACUUUCCUUGAAAUUGUCUUUGAACUUUGUACCUUUCUUUCGUUCCUGAAAAGUACUUACACAGGUUCAGCUGAAGAGGCUGGUGCCUGCCAUCGCGAAACAGCACCUUCCAAAGAGUCAUUGAGGCUUCAGAACCAACAGGAGCACAACAGACAUGGUGUUUGUUCUCCAGCAGCAGCAGGAAAAAUGUUGGGAGAAAACAAUGGCACUUAUGUAGUGUUCAUUGAUCUGACAAAAGCAUUCGACAGUGAACAGAAGAGAAAUGUGGCAGAUCACAGGGCGAAUCGUCAGUAA